UGAGAAGAGGAGAAGAGUGGGGUGGGGCAGGAUAGGCAAAUCCAAAAUGUCUAGUCUGGUGCCCUGCCAGUCCAGCUCCGGAGGUCUGUGAGAACCUGAGCCACGCGUGCCCAGGGAGGUGGAAGGUGAGAGUUGGGAGGUGUAAUGCUGAGCCAAGCUCAGCCCCCAGCGCCAGACCAUGAACUAUGUGGGCCAGCUGGCAGAGACAGUGUAUGUGACAGUGAAGGAACUGUACAAGGGCCUGAACCCCGCCACGCUAUCAGGUGGCAUUGAUGUGUUAGUAGUGAAACAACCAGAUGGCUCCUUCCUCUGCUCACCUUUCCAUGUGCGUUUUGGCAAGCUGGGUGUCCUGCGAUCCCGUGAGAAGGUGGUUGACAUUGAAAUUAAUGGGGAGCCAGUGGACCUGCACAUGAAACUGGGAGACAAUGGAGAAGCCUUCUUUGUUCAGCAGCUAGAGACUAAUGAGAAGGAGGUCCCCAUCAGCCAGUGUACCUCACCUAUCCCUCCGGAGACUUCGGAUGAAAUCCUGAACGACCCUCUGCUAGAUCUCAUUGAGGAUGUCCACAAAAAGACCUCAGAGAUAACCACCCCCCUGGAGAAGAGGAGGCGCCGCCGCAAGAAGGUUAAGAAGAAGAACAAGACAGUAACAGCAACACCACCCAAUUCCAGUUCUGAGGAGCUGGAAGGAAUACAGAAUGAGAUAAUCUUAGAAAUGAAACCGGCCACAGAAUUGUCCUCAACCCCUAUCAAAACUGAUGGUAAUGGCUCUGCACAGCACAAAGAUUCCUGUCUCUAUUUAGAUGUGGACUACCCAGAGAGGGACAGCCUUCCGGGCAGUUUAUCCUCAGAAUAUCUAACGAGCUUCAAGAGUGACUCUGAACUGGAGAUAAGAUCCUCAGACCAGAACUACACGAGGACUGGGUCCCACAUGCAGUGGCCCUGGGGGAAACUUCCUCAGGUGAUGAAAGGCGAGCAUGUGAAGCUGCUGAGGGCAUCGCACAGUAACAUAUCGACCAAACUUCUUCUUUGGGAAGAACCGAUAUUCCAGAAGGCUAGUGUUCACACAUUGGCAGAGUCUCAGACUGUCCUCCAGGAUGCUGAGGGCAGACCUUCAGAGGCAACCAAGUUCUACCUUACAGCAAGAGAACUCACUGCCACCCAGGAGUCCCUCUCACAGGACAAUGAAGAAAGUGUGGCUGAGAACGCUUGGAGGAGGAGCUCCUUGUCUGACUCUGUGUCGGCCAAGGAGCCCACAGCUCAGGAGGGCUCUGAUCCCUCUGGGCAGAGAAAAGAGAACAAAGAACCACGGAGGACAAGUCAGCACCUGGGACCCAGCGAUAUCUACCUUGAAGACUUGCCUUCCCUGAGUUCAGCUAAUGCUACCCUUUACUUCCCCCAAAGUGAAAUCGGGCUUGAAGCCAGACGAUGGAGUGAGCCCGGCUGUUCCCAGACAAACCUCUUGCAAGCCACAGUUGUGGAAGAUAAUAACACAGACCAGUUGUCUGAUACUGCCCUGGAGCAGGGGAACGACAUUGAGCUUUCUCUCUGUGGUGGACUGGCUGAUAACCGGGACAUCUCAACAGAGAAGUUUACCAGAUACGCCAUCUGCUACCAGGAUCUCGCUGACAACCCAGGAAUCUUGGAUGACCCCAACCUUGUGGUGAAAAUUGGAAUGAAGCACUACAACUGGGCUGUAGCUGCACCUAUGAUCCUGUCCCUUCAGGCCUUUCGGAAGAGUUUGCCCAAGAGCACUAUUGACAAGCUGGUGAAGGAGAAAAUGCCCAAGAAGAGUGGCCGCUGGUGGUUCUCCUGGGGGCUAAAGGACGCAACAACCAAGGAGUGUGAAGUCCAGGAGGUGGCAUCUACUUCAAAGAAGAAUUCCCCCCAGCAGGAGCAGAAGAUGGAUAUUUCAUCUGUUGAAGAUGACUCCCUGGUGAUCUUGGGUGCCCCUUCUCCCCCACCUCAAAGUCAUAUCCAUGCCUUCAAGAAGUCCCUUCGUCUCUCCUCUGAACAGAUUCGAGAUUUAAACCUGAGGGAGGGAGCCAAUGAUGUGGUGUUUAGUGUGACCACUCAGUACCAAGGUACCUGCCGUUGCCAUGCCAACAUCUACCUGUGGAACUGGUACGACAAGGUAGUGAUCUCAGACAUCGAUGGGACCAUCACCAAGUCCGAUGCUUUGGGUCACAUUUUGCCCCAGCUAGGGAAAGACUGGACUCACCAAGGCAUCAUUAAGCUUUACCACAAAAUUCACCUAAACGGGUACAAAUUCCUUUAUUGCUCAGCCCGAUCCAUUGGCAUGGCGGACCUCACUAAGCGCUACUUGCGGUGGGUGAAUGAGAAGGGCUGUGUUCUCCCCAAAGGCCCCCUCCUCUUGACCCCCAGCAGCCUCUUCUCUGCCCUUCACAGGGAGGUGAUUGAAAAGAAGCCCGAGGUGUUCAAGAUCUCAUGCCUGACUGACAUCCAUCACCUAUUCCUGCCCCAUGGAGAUCCCUUCUUUGCUGGCUUUGGGAACCGUGCCUCUGAUGUCUAUGCCUAUCUUCAUGUAGGGAUACCCAAAUCCCGCAUCUUCACUGUCAACCCCUUAGGAGAGCUCAUUCAGGAACUUAUCAAGAACCACAAGACCACGUAUGAGCGGCUCCAGGAGACCGUGCAGCUCAUCUUUCCACCUGUAAAAGUGGGGCCCAACGUGGAGCUGGUCAAUCCAGAGUAUAGCCAGUUCUGCUACUGGAGGAAUCCCUUGCUUACACUUCACCCGAAAGACCUCACAAACCUGAAUUAGAACCUCUCCCCACCCAUUCUACCCCUACACACACACACACAC